AUGAAGGUCACUUUAUUAUUGAAGGCCCAGCUCUCACCUGUUAGCUAUACGACAAAGAAAUCUUUCCAAAGACAACUCAACCGCACUCCAUACACCGCCUUCCAAUACUUCUUCCAACUUGAAGUCCAAAAAUUGCAUAACGUCUCAAAGUAUGAAGAUAUCAUAAAUCAUGUAAGAGGGAAUAGCAAUUUCAAAAGGUUCGCAAGAAAUGAGUGGGACAGCAUGUCAUUGACUAAAAAAAGGCUUUACUAUGCAUCCUUUUGCCAGUCAAUGAACAUUGACAUUUGGAAUGUCAGUAAAGUUGAACUUGCCAAAAGAUUAGAAAUUCCCAUACCGGUAAUGAGUGAGUAUUUACUAUUUAGGAAUAAGUUCAAGGUGAAAUUUGAUUCUCAUUGCAGCUCUUUGGAACGUAAAGAUCGUAAAAGUAUUCCAAGACCUUCUAUUACUAGAAAGGCUGCAACUACAGAUAUAUGUUCAAAGAACCGUAGCAACGCAUCCGUCAGCAAAAUAAAACCUCGGAAGCGAUUAGUGGCGAUGAAAAGGAUUUCUCGUUCAGAGAACAUUGCAGAAAGUCAUUCUGGCGAAGCCCAAAAUUACCUUUAUGAUUACAUGAAAAGGUUUCAACAAAUGUGCAAAGAAUGCCGAUAUGCUUGGAACGAAAAGGUUGACUAUGACCAGAAACUAGAAAUUAGAAAAAAAUUACAGCUAUGGAGGUCAAAAUUUGAGGAGAUGAUGGAUAACGAAAUACAAAUAUUGCAAAAAAACAUGGAUACCAUGUCAAAGUUUGGUCUUAGAAGUGAGUCUUACCUUACCGCCGCGGAUCACAAUACAAAUACAUCACCAAAUAAUAUUCUUCCCAUGGCGCAUCUACUGAAAAAGAAAUGA